GCCUGAAAAAAGUAGUUUCUUCCAUGGCUUCUUCCACUAUUAUUGAAGCCUGUAACAGUAGAAAAAGAAACCGAAAACCAUUUGUCUUUGAAACAUUUGCAAUUGAAGACUCCAUUGACGGUUUUUCAGGACCCUUUAGAGACAACAUUCGAAUGUUUCUUCAGGAAUUUGCUAACAUUGAAGAUUACACACUUCGUGGUUUUCCAAUUUGGUCUACUUGGUUGAUUUCCAACUCAACUGGUGCAGUUUUCCCACUUUACACUAUUGAAGAAACCACUCAACUUUCUCUUCAUCCUUUUUGCGAUCACUGCAAAUUUUCUGGAUGGGGUCACCAUUAUGUGUCGAAAAGAAGGUAUCAUUUGUUAAUACCUGCAAAUGAGAACUGGGAAAAGCCAUUGGGAAGCGAUUCUUUUGAAAUUGAUACUCAUGUUUUGCAUGGUUUGCUUCAUUGUAAUGGUUAUGGUCAUUUGUUGUCCAUUAAUAGCGUUAAUGAGGAUUCAAAUUUGCUCUCUGGAAGUGAUUUCAUGGAUCUCUGGGAUCGUCUCUGUACAAUCUUUAAAACCAGGAAAAUUUCAGUGAAUGAUGUGUCAAAGAAGGGAGGUGUGGAUUUGAGGUUGCUUCAUGGUGUUGCAUAUGGACAAUCUUGGUUUGGAAAAUGGGGUUACAAAUUUGGGCGUGGAAGCUAUGGAGUAACAGAGCAGAAAUAUGAAAUUGCUGUUCAAUUCCUAAGUUCAUUAGGGCUUGACAAGAUUUUGAAUGAUUUCAGGAAGGAUAUUCCGAAAAGACGGAAAAUCAAGCAGAUUAUUGGUACCUACAGAGAAUUGAGUGAAGUCCCAUUGAUCACAAUCAGUGAAUUGUUGCAAUUCAUGCUUGCUUUUAAGUCUAAAGCACCGUUUCAUAGCAAGAUGAAACUUGCGAAUGGCGAUGAUUAUUGGUGUGAUCCUGAUAAAAAUAGGCCAAUUAGUAUGGAGACAUUUGUGAAUUUGAUGUCUAAAAAUGAUUGUAGAUGGCCGGCUAGACGGCUAGAAUUUGUGCUACUAGUGAUUGUGAAUUUUCUGAAACAAAAUCAAGCAGAUGUAGGCAGAAAUUGUGGGAUGACCAGGCAGGAUUUGAGAAAUGAGGCAAGAAAAUUCAUUGGUGACACUGGUUUAAUUGAUUUUGUGCUUAAAUCCAUCAGAUGUUUUGCAUUGGGUAACCAAAUUGUUCGUCGAUCCAUCAAUCCAACGACUAAGUUAUUGGAAUUCACUAUCCGUGAAGCUGCUAAGGAAGAAUCCAUGAUGGGGAACAAGAUUAUUUUUCGAUCCCCGUCUACUAAAAGGAUUAAAUUUGCCUUUGAAGAUAUUGUUGAAGCAAACAGAGUUGAGAACAUUGAGUUACACUUGAGCAUUGAUCAAGAACUUAAGUACUUGUAUGAAACAGUGUUUUUGAGUUACCCAGGGUCAGAUUCAGUGAGUUUGGCUACUGGGGUUGUCUUGGAUAGCAAGAAAUUUGUUAAAGAGUGGAAACUUGAGGAUCAAGAAAACCAAAUAAUGGCAUUAAGAUGUAAAUUCUUGCCGAGUUUCGACGAGUUAGAGACUGAGUUAACUCGUCCAUUGUCACCUGGUGUGGUUGUUUUUGUUCCCCCUUGGAUGACAAUAGGUGAGCUUAAGGGGGUGGCUCAAUUUGCACUAAGGGACACUUAUUACAUAAUGCAAAACUUUGUAGUAACACAAAUUGGUGGUUUAAAGGGAAUAAAGGAUGAGAAGAUGCUAUAUUGCGCAGUGGACAGAGAUGCACACGUUUGGGUGAGAGGGUGUGGGCUUGACUUGGAUACUGAAUUGAGAUAUGAAGGUGGGCCCAUAAAGUUAAAGGUGGAUUGCAUUUGUGGGGCCAGAGAUGAUGAUGGGGAGAGAAUGGUAAAUUGUGAUGCUUGUCAAGUGUGGUUCCAUACAAUGUGCACUGGCAUUCAUGAUCAUGAGGAGGUACCAGAAAUUUUCUUGUGUGAGAGCUGCAGAAAUUUUUAA